CAACGGAAAUAUUUUCUAGGUAAGGUCAGUGGUUUAUUUCAGUUGGAGACUACACUGGCUUAGAGAUGACUGGAGCCCUGCGUACCGGACUUAUACUCUUCUAUUUUAUGGUGGUGUGUGAGAGUGAGCCGACACAUGCUGGGUCAGACAGAGUGGGGGACUCACAUGCACAACUCAGACUGGUCCAUCUAACCUCCCAUUGGGCCUUCCAGCUGGUCAAUGACUCGCUGGCUUUCUCCAGAGCUCACAGCUUCUGCAGAGGCCAGUUCAGCUCCCUUGCCAAUGCAGAACAGUUAAAGGAGCAUGAGGGAGUCUUGGAGCUGCUUCGUCAGACUGGACUUCGUCCGCCCAUCUGGGUCGCGGAUCCCAGCAAAGCAGCCUCCAAGCCUGUGGCCCUCUCCAAACAGUAUAUACAGUUCUUAGCUCUAAACUUCCCAAAGGACUCCCGGCAGGGCUUUGCUCGUGUCAACAUGUCCUUUCCCGCCCUGUCGUCCAUCAGUGUGUGUGUUCGAGUCCAGUGGAACCAAAAGUGGAAUGAGGUGUCCACCAUCUUUUCCUAUGCUGCUCCUGUCUUUACCAACGAGUUCCAGCUUAGAGGCCAAGUGGACAUGCAGGGACGCAUCCUCCUGGCGCUCAUCAUCCAUGGGAAGCACCUUCCGUAUAAGGCAUCUUUCCCCAAUGAUGGAGCUUGGCAUCACAUCUGUGUCACGUGGCGGCAGAGCAGCAGCCACUGGGGUAUCUAUGUGGAUGGGGACAGGAAGGACAUGGGCUCAGGCACAGACACUUCCAGGAAUAUCCAUGGGGAUGGAAUACUUAUUCUGGGUCAGGACCAAGAUUCAUUUGGAGGGAAUUUCACAGAGCCCUUUUUUGGAAAUAUUACUGACGUGAAUGUUUGGAAUACUUCUCUGGAAACAAGACAUGUCCGUGCCCUCAACGCAUGUUCACCGAUGACCCAGGAAGUGCUUUUCAAUUGGAAUCUUAAUUAUCUAAGCAGCCACCCAGUGGUCAAAGAGAUGCAGGUCCCUCUGUUUUGCCCAGGAGUGCACCAGCAGAUGGAGCUGCAGGGCUGCAGGACUCUUGAGGGCUGGUCAGACCAGGUCCCUCUGUUGGGCUUGACAGACUGCUCCGAUCCACUGCCGUUCAUCUGUAGGAGCAGCACAGAGCGUUACAUGAAGAUGAAGCAGAUGAGUGAUUCUCAGAAUUCACAGCCCACAGCCUUUAUGAACCAUCUGAUGAAGCUCUCCAACAAAAGCCAGGCAGCACUGGGGCAGCAGCCAUCAGGGCUGAGCAGCCUGGCCCAAGCCUCUGCCCUGCUGGACAUCUCUGUCCAGGCCUUGAAGGAUACACAGCAGGAGGGAUUGGAACCAACAGACAUGGUGUCCCUCAUCCAGCUGCUGUCUCUGGCUGCUGACGUCCCCGCACAGCCUCCCACUCACAGCACCAACCACAGCCAGGCCGACAUCCAGGAGCUCAGCCAGCACUUCAUCAGCGUCGCCGACAGCCUCAUCAGUGAGGACAACGCCCUCAAGUGGCAGGCCAUCAAAGAGGUGGUGAACGGCCCCAUGGACGUGGUCAGGAGUAUUGACCGCAUGGUGACCAGCCUGAGCCCUCGCUUGAUGGCAAAGACAGAUCACCUGACAAUUCACAAACCCAACAUCAAGCUGGAGGUGCAGCAGCAGAGGCUGCAGGACGGAUCAGGAGUAUCGAGCUUCUGUGGGCCAGAGACAGAGAAACACACCAGCCAAGAUUGCAUUUCAGUCCCGCAUCAGAAGAUACAAGAUCUCCAUAACAACGGCUUCCAGAAGCUCACGUUGGUCAACACGUGGUAUGCAUCUCUGCGGCCCCUUUUCAAUCCCGAGGAGAACAUCACCAUGGUUCCUACUGUCACUGAUGGUAGCCAGAGGUAUCUGGGAACUGUCCUGGGCUCUUCUGUCAUAUCCAGCACAGUGCUGGGAGAUGAGCAGCCAGUGAACACAGCAGUUCACUUCCAGCUCCAGCACAGAGUACAGAAUCCCUCUGGUACUGUGUAUGAUCCAGUGUGUGCCUUCUGGGAUUUUGAUCUAACUCCGGAGGGUGGUGGGUGGUGGAAUACCAAAGGCUGUGAGGUUGUGUCCAAACAAUAUGGAUACACUGUGUGCUACUGCAACCACACCACCAAUUUUGCAUUGCUGCUGCAGGUUUAUGAAGCCCAGAGGAGCCCAGAGAACGAAAAAGCUCUGCAGGUGCUGACGUUCAUCGGCUGUGGAGUGUCUCUGUGUGGCCUCCUCUUCACCUUCAUCCUCUUCAUCGCUGUGGGUGUCCCUAAAUCCGACCGGACCACCGUCCAUAAAAACCUGAUUGUUGCUCUGGGUGUCGCUGAGUUGCUGUUGAUGUGCAGUGACUGGGUGUCUGACAAUGAGGCAGCGUGCUUUGCAGUGACGGCACUACUCCACCUAUUCUUCAUGGCCUCCUUCUCCUGGAUGCUGGUGGAGGGCCUGCUGCUCUGGAGCAAAGUGGUGUCAGUCAACAUCAGUGAGGACCGCAGGAUGAAGCUUUACUACAUCAUUGGCUGGGGACUACCUGUUCUCAUAGUUGGAAUAACACUGGCAGUAUCAGUGGAUGAAUACAAGGCAGACGAUCACUGCUGGCUCAAUGUGAAGACUGACACCAUCUGGGCCUUUGUGGGACCCGUGAUAUUUGUCUUGGCGGUCAAUGCAGUUGUGCUGUGUCGGGUUGUCAUGGUGACCGUUUCCAGCGCUCGUCGUCGUGCUAAGAUGCUCAGUCCAAGCUCAGCAUCAAAGAUGCAGACCUUUGACCUCACUUGGGCUGUGACCCGUCCAGUUCUCAUCCUGCUGCCAGUGCUUGGUCUCACCUGGCUGUGUGGAGUGCUGGUCCAUCUGUCAGUAGUAGUUGCUUAUGUCUUCAUCGCUCUCAACGCCCUACAGGGCCUGUACAUCUUCUUAGUCUAUGCUGUUUACAACAGUGAGGUGAGGAAUGCCAUAAAGAGGAUCAAAGAAAAGAGAAAGGCCUUAUCUUUCACGAACUGUUCCCAGCCAACCAGCUUCCUACCAUCCCAGAGGGCCCCAGUUACCUCUUGGGGCCGCAGUCCACCCACACCCUCCAGCCCUGAGACCAGUGAGACCUCUGGACCCCCCAGCUCCAUCUCCACGUCACUGGUCAUCAAGAACGAGAGCUUCAGAAAGGAAAGCUUUGUGAAUUUCUCUUUAAAGACAGCAUCAGGAAACCAAGUGGUCCAGCUGACCGGGUUCAAGCCAUCAGGUUGUUGAAUCGCAAAUGGAGUGGAUCCUGAUACUCAAUUACAAUAAGCAUGCAGCAUGCUGAAAGAGGGGAGGACUGGACACACAUGAAGAUACCACCUGAGGAAGAGCACGGACACCACACACACACACACACACACACACACACACACACACACACACACACACACACACACACACU